AUGAGCAAAAGAGGAAGAAGUGGAAGAAGUGGAACUAAACUGAGAAUUUCAUGUGGUCUCCCAACUGGUGCCGUUAUGAACUGUGCUGAUAACACUGGAGCCAAGAAUUUGUUCGUCAUUUCAGUCACUGCUAUCGGUGCUAGACUCAAUAGAUUCCCAAAGGGUUCAGUUGGUGAUAUGUUCUUAGCAUCAGUCAAGAAGGGUAAGCCCGAUCUCAGAAAGAAAGUCAUGCCAGCAGUUAUCAUCAGACAACGCAAAGCUUUCCGUAGAAGAGAGGGAUACUAUCUCUACUUUGAGGAUAAUGCUGGAGUUAUUGUGAAUCCAAAGGGAGAGAUGAAGGGAUCCGCUGUUACCGGACCAGUUGCAAAGGAAUGUGCUGAGCUAUGGCCAAGAAUCGCUUCAAACGCAAGUUCAAUCAUCUGA